AUGGACUCAUCGCACUUCGACGCCGUCACCGUGUCCUCUGACUCCUCCCUCCCUCAGACUCCCUCUCCUCGCAACUCUAUUACGCUCGACCACACCUUUGAGAACGUCAAGCCGCAAGUCGACUUUGACCACCGGAUCGAGCCAAACUCCAUCUUUGCUGACAGCUACCCUCACCACUAUCCCGAGUCUGAGCCUGUCACCCACUCGAUGGAGAACCCCGCCAUGUGGAACGGUGCACAAGCCGCUCCAUUUUUCGCGCCCCAGCGUCACGGGAGCAACGGUUCACUCCUCCAGGAGCUACAUGGCCAGGACUAUGCCGACCAUUUAGACGCGUACUCGCCUCCGCCCUUGACCUCUGGCUCAGAAUGGAACACACCUGCCCCACUUCCGCACUCGGCCCUGCCCGUACAUAUGCACCAUGAACAGGCUCAAGCUAUGAGCCGCCGUGCUUCCUUCUCGUCGAUCCACACGGACCGCGAGGAUGGUGUUCAACACGUUUUGCAUCCGUUUGCGUCGGACGAGCACAACGGACACUACGGUAUGUAUGGCAGGGACUUCUAUGCUGAGCCUCUCAGCAUGAACGACUCGGGUUCACCCCAGCCAGCUCUUUCUGCGGAUCCUUCUGCCUUGCACGGCGCCAUGCACUUGAACACACCUCCGCACCUCGAGGAUGCAUACAUGUCUCCGCAUCAUCCAUACCGUGACAUGGAAGAUGGCAUCAAGCUUGAGGACGGCAGCCAGGUGAUUGUGCCUUCACAGCACAUUUUUUACCCUCGGCCACCCUCGCAGGCAGGCCACUUACCUCCGAUGCCGCUCUACAUGGCUCCACAUGCAGCGAUCCCAAUUCAGCACACUGACGAUGCCGCAUCGAAGGAGACUCAAUAUCUCCGUCGCCGGUGCUUCAACUGUCACACUACAGAACCCCCUUCUUGGAGGCGAUCGACGCUCAACCCGGGUAAAAUUGUCUGUAACAAAUGUGGUUUAUACGAGCGCACGCACCUGCGACCACGCCCCCAGCGAUUCGAUGAGCUUCGUGCGGGUAAUAAGUCACGCAAGCACUCUUCAAAAGUUCUUUCCGGCUCGACGAGUCCGAAAGAGUCUUCGAACGCGACAGUCAAGAAGGAACAGAGCGAGCUUGAACUCGAAACUCCCGCCAGGCGGAGGUCGGCUUCAAACUCGUCCGUGAAUUCGGCAUCGAGUGACCUUGACGACUCUGUUUCAAUCUAUUCCUCGGCAUCGGCGGGAUCUGUGUCUGGUGCAGAUUCAUACAGCAAUUCGCCUCUUAUGUCGUCUUUCUCCGUUCCAAAUGCUUCUCCGACGUCUUCACCUCAAGUUCUCGCGUCUGAACUUGGCGGCAUUCGACUACCCUCCGCGUCCUUGAACGAUGUUGCAUCUCUGCACUCAGCACCGCACCAGCCGCGUAAAGCAGCGACUGCACCCUAUUUCAACGCCAACGGGCGACCGAUUUCUCCAGCUAGCUCCGUUGAGGAUUCGGACUAUAUGGGCAUGCGCCGUAGUUCCAUGCCCAUUGAGCUAACGUGCCGCGCAUCUCCGCUACUCAACAAUGGUUCUACGAUCGGCCUUCCGGAAGUUACUGGCUGGCAGCCUGUUUCUCUCCCAGAGGCAGAUAUAAAGCUUCCCAACAGCAGGAGCUCGUCACGCAACUCCAUGGUACGAAAGAUUCCGUUUGCGGAUUUCCCGCUGGAUGGGAUGGGUUCGCUUGCACGCGCAGGGAAAGGACUAGUCGUAAGUGGUGCUGGAGGGAGAGGACGCGCUCUGUCGGGAGUUGCCGGGGGACCAGUGCAACCUGAAACACUUUGGAAUUUCGAACAGGGGAACUUCUUUUCUCUAUUCUCUGUUCGCCGUACCUCUCAGUUCAGUGGAUUCUUCGAAUUCCUGGCGCCCCUUCUCCCCUUUAACCAGCCUCCCGCGUACUCAGCUCACAUCCAAUCCAGAGAGCAUCGAAGCGGCGGGAGUAAUGGGCGCGACGGACGCGACGAGAUGGGACGCGUUGGGGAAGACCUCUAA